CCACCCCUCUUGUACUAUGCUGUGGUGACCUCCUGUUCAGAGUCCACGUCACUGCAAGUUCCUUUUUGUUGUUGACAAGAAGUCUCUUUCACCACGCGUACACAUUUUGCAUCGCCUGCCACGCGCGACAGCAAACGCCCAUCGCCUUAUUCGCGUAUGCAAUUGUUUUUAUUCCCUCAUCCCCUCCAUAUCAGGCGGUCUCCUUCUCCUCCUUCAUCUUUCUCGCGUCAACCCCUCCAGCCAUCGCACCUCAGUUUCUUAAUUACUAUCAUGGGCACGAAUCUCCCAUCAUUUAAAGGGAGGAUUCCCGUCAAGAUCCCCAUUGCACGGCAAUCUACGCCCAAAGGCGAGACCGCGCCCGUUGGGUCUCUAUCCAGAGGCGCCUCCAAGAUCUCCGCAACCGUCAGAGCACUUUCGUCGCCAGGAUCUCUAGUCAAGGAGGAACAUUCGCAUAAACACGAGUCCCCAACAACCGCAACACCUUCCUCGAGUGCCUCCAAGAUCUCCGCAACCGUCAGAGCAGUUUCGUCGCCAGGAGCUCUGCUCAAGCAGGACCAGCCGUCUAAACACGAGUUCCCGACAACUGGAAUACCUUCCUCGAGCGCCUCAAAAACUCCUUCGAAGCUGCCAACCAUGGCAACGUCCACGAAGGUUUCAACACCACAGAGUUCCAGGUCUAUCGCCACUGCGAGGAACUUCUCCCGCCUACCUCAGCGACCAUAUUCGCGGAAGGCUCCCGUUUCUAUCCCCCUGGCUCAGCAACCUCAAACCCCACAGAAUUCGUGUCCGGCGCCCGUCGACAAGCCCUUGCCGAGCCCCCCGCCUGUUGAUGAUACUCCUGUCCCGGAGCAGCAUCCAGUUCUCCGGUCCUCGGUGGUGCAUGAAGCAAGCCCCUCCGUACAAAAGACUGGCAGAGACAACGUCUUAGCCAUCCAGCCGGCCGAUUCGUCUCUGGAAGGCACUCGUGACACGGAUGUCAACACCGAUGAUCCAAAUUGGCCGCUUCCCAAUGAACCUUCACGUGUCGCUUCCGCGGAUGUUGUGAAUUUCCGUGUGAAGCGUCUGUCCAUGACAUCGCAGGCGCUCACAGGACUCGGACCAGUUCUAAAGAUUGAUAAACAGGCCGACGCUGUGCUCUUGGGUGAGGAAGACACCUCUCCGUUGUUGUCUCCAGCUCGUAACGCGUCGCCGGAAGAAAAGAAAGACGGGGAGGACAUCCAACCGGGCCCUGCGGCACGGUCCAAUGGGAAAAGAAUGGUAGAUGACAAACCCGCCGCCGCAGUCCUCCCUCAUAUGCGCCCACGCGUCUUCACCAAGUCCCACCUAAGGUCGUUGGCUAUCUCGGCAAGGGCAGGAAAUAGCAGCGAGACCGGCUCCCUAGUCCCAACCGACAAAAAGCUCGGCCUAAAGAAAAGCAUCAAGACCUUCUUCACGAAGCCGCUCGCACCAACCACGGCCGAUGCCCAACCCGAAACCCCAACGCAGCGUCUCCGGCGUCUAGAGCUCACCCAAGCGGUUGCAGAUUGCUUGGAGCAGGUCGCAGAGGCGAAGGUGGCUGCGCUGAGAGCGGAGCAGAUGGCGAAGGAGGCGGGGCUGAGGUGUCAGAGGGCGGAUUUGGCAAUGGGGAGGGUGGUGGCAUUGGUGGCGGGGCAGCAGGUAAGGGAGGAGGAGGAGGAGGGAAAGGACGGGGUGAAGGAGUAGAGUUUUGAGGAUGCUUUGGGAGACCCAA